AUUAAUAUAUUUCAAUAGUCACAACCGUCAUCACUUCCCUCACCACUUGCCAAAUAUACAGAGAAAAAAGGAUACAAAUUCAAUGGCAAGCUCAGUUUGCUUCACUCAUGUUUGUUCCUUGAAGCCCUCAAACAAGCCAGACUUGUUUGUUGGAAAUUCGGUUCCUGGGAAGGUUCUCCGGGCCAGUGAAGUAUUUCAGCAUUCGAAAGGGUCAAAGUUUCAGUCAUUAGAAGUAAAGGCUGCAGAAAAAAACCAAUCCACCAAGCCAACCACCAAAGUAAAUAGCAUUGUGUGUACUAAAUGUGAAGGAAAUGGUGCUGUAAGCUGUUCUCAAUGCAAAGGUGAGGGAGUUAAUUCAGUGGACCACUUUAAUGGACAAUUUAAGGCAGGUGGAUUAUGUUGGCUUUGCAGGGGGAAAAGGGAGAUGCUAUGUGGAGAUUGUAAUGGGGCCGGGUUUCUUGGCGGAUUCAUGAGCACAUUCGAAGAUUAGAAGAUUGUGUGUAGAGUUUCUACUAUGCAUCUUCUCAACCAGAAGAAACCAAAAUGGAAGAAGGAAAAGAAAAAAGGCUAUAAAGUAUAGCUGGGUUUUUGUUUUGUUAUUGUAGUACACUCUGCGAGUGAGUUAUAACCAAAGGUGUUUUAGAUUGAGUUCCAAAGGAUGUUAAUUACUUGAACUAGCGUAAAUCAUGGCCACUCAAAUCUUAGUACAAUUUUUCCUGUUGGGUAUGAAUUAUGAAACCUGUGUGUUGGUAACUAAA